ACGAGAUCCAUCAGCAUGAGAAACAGGAAGGGAAUGGCUAACUCUAAAAAACGAUGAUGCGAGUACAAUAAAAGGGACGACAUUGAAACUAGUGGUGUGCCAAAUCACAGAUUAUAGGGUUUUUUUUCUGAAUACGAUUUUUACUCAAUUCCGUAUGUUACCGACAUGGCAAAAACUCCGUGGAUUAUUAUUUUAUCAGUCAUUCUCCGGUCAUCUCAGGUGAUCGGUCAAGAGGCAAUCUUGCACAUCUCAAAUGGAGCCACAGAUAAAGAAUACUGCCUGGUCUACAACUCCUUAUGGACCAACCUGUCACUCUCACUCAGCGCUGCUACUGCGUAUCCUCUGGUGAACCUGUCGUCCAGGCAACUGUGUAGCUCUGCAGGGGUGAGCCCAGACAUAGUGAGAGGCAAGGCGGUGGUGGUCAUGAGUGGGGAGUGUAACAUCAGCCAGAAGGCUGUGGUAGCCCAAGACCUGGGGGCUGCUGCUCUGAUCGUUGCCAGCACUAAAUCUAUGAGUCCCCCGGGAGCCAAUGUGACAGAGUAUGAGAAGGUCCAGAUUCCGCUGGCUCUGAUGAGAUACAUGGACUUCCUGGACGCACAGAAUGUGUUUGGUGAGGAGAUGCAGGUUAGGCUGUAUGCCCCGGCGGUGCCUGUGUUUGAUGUCAGCAUUGUGGUCAUGCUUCUCAUAGGAGUGGUGACUGUUGCUCUGGGAGGCUACUGGAGCGGAGCCUGUGAGAGAGAGAGGCUGAGUGCGUCUCGAGGAGGAGGUGGAAGAGGAGGAGGAGGAGGAGAGGAGAAGAGUGACAGUGGGGACUUGGCUCUGUACUCUCCCCUAAAGGUGGUCAUUUUUGUAGGUCUGAUGUGUCUGAUGCUGGUACUCAUGUACUUCUUCUACAAGUACCUGGUGUAUGUGAUCAUCGCCAUAUUUUGCCUAGCGUCAGCCACCGCCCUCUUCAGCUGUCUGGACGCCCUGUUGGACCUGGCCAAGUGUAGCCCCAUGAGUGUGACGGUCCUGGGUGGGAGUGUAUCUGUGAGGUCGGUGCUGCUGUCUGCUGUGUGUGUCACCGUAGCCGUGGUCUGGGGAGUCUACAGGAACGAGGACAGGUGGAUCUGGAUCCUACAGGACCUCCUGGGUGUGGCCUUCUGUCUCAACUUCCUAAAGACCAUCUCACUGUCCAACUUCAAGAUCUGUGUGAUCCUGUUGAGUCUGCUGCUGUUGUAUGAUGUGUUCUUUGUCUUCAUCACUCCUCUGUUCAUGCCGAAUGGGGAGAGCAUCAUGGUCCAAGUGGCCCUGGGUCCAGAUGCAGCAGGAGAGAAGGGUAACACGGUGGAGGUGCCAGCCGAACCCUCGACUCCAUAUGAGAAACUCCCGGUAGUGAUGCGUGUUCCACGGUUCUCCGCUUGGACACAGAACCUGUGUGGCAUGCAGUUCUCCAUCCUGGGCUAUGGGGACAUCAUCGUACCAGGUCUUCUUGUGGCCUAUUGCAGCAGGUUUGAUGUGUGGGUCAACAGCCCCAAGAAGAUCUACCUUUUCUGCUGCUGCAUAGCCUACCUGUGUGGUAUGGUUUUGACGUUUGCGGUGAUGUUGGUGACUAAGAUGGGGCAGCCAGCCCUGCUCUACCUGGUUCCAUUCACCCUGCUAGGAUCUGCUCUGCUGGCCUGGAGGAGAGGGGAGAUGAGGCAGUUCUGGAACGGGACAACCUACGAGGUGUUGGACUCCACCAGGGAACCCUUACUGCCAGAUGGAACACCUGACGAUGGCAGCGGAGGAGGAAAGUGCUGACUACAACUGAUCUAGGAGCCAACUAACAAACCAAACGCAGGGGCUCUUUUCUACUCUUCAAAUCAAGCAUCUAGUUUAUCAUCCAUGGGAUGCAAGGGAAAUACUAUAGCUAGUCUAUCAAUCAAUAAGGAUUUAUACUGGGGAGGGGUAAGGGGUCAGGGGUGGGUUAGGGGUAUUGAUUGUACAGUGUGGGUCUCUGUUGAUUGGACAGUGAGACAGUUUAAUUGGAGAGGCUUACUAGUGGCUAAGAACUAUAAUAUUAAAAUGAUGCCUAAACUGUGUUGCCUUGGUAAAAGAUACAAGUGAUUUAUUGAGAAAGCACUUUAAUACUCAUGUUGGCAGGUUUUGGGGGAUUUUAAAUUCAAAGUUAAACUGUAGGUGAAGAUAGAUUUUUUUGUAUUUUCUUCGAUAACAGCUGUUCUGGGGUUUUCUGUAUAACUUGUUUGUUGUAUUGAGAAACACAGUCUUUGAUUGCUUUUGUUGCCUUAAAUUAGUCCAAUCUGA